AUGAGGACUCCUCCCUGCGCUCUGAUUGGUCCAGCCCCCCUCCCUUUGCUCUGUGAUUCGCUAGAGCCGCUGUCUGUCAUGGCUCCGAGGGAUGGGCUCUGGGGUGCCAGCUGUCUCUCCCCGCUCCUCGGAGCCUCUUCUGCGGGUGUCAUGUCGUCCUCUCUCCCCGAGGGUAAGAAGUUGGUCCGGAGCCCGAGCGGCCUCCGCAUGGUCCCGGAGAGCGGGGCCUUCCACAGCCCCUUCAGCCUGGAGGAGCCGCGCUGGGUUCCGGACAGAGAGUGUUCCAGGUGUAUGCAGUGUGACACCAAGUUUGACUUCAUCAGAAGAAAGCACCACUGUCGCCGCUGCGGCCGCUGCUUCUGUGAUAAAUGCUGCAGUAAGAAGCAGUCGUUGCCGCGGAUGUGCUUCGUGGACCCGGUCAGACAGUGCUCGUGCUGCAACCUCCUGUCGCAGCGAGAGGCUGACUUCUACGACAAGCAGCUCAAGAUCCUGCUUCAAGGUGGAACCUUCGCUGUGACUUUGGGAACUUCAGACAAAACUGAAGCCAUGACGUGUCGCCUUUCCAACAAUCACAGGUAUCUGUUCCUGGACGGAGAGAGUCACUUCGAGGUGGAGCUGAUGCGGAUCAGCAGUAUCCAGGUUCUGACGCAGGGAUCCAGUCCAGACGAGGAGGACCUGCAGACUUACACCAGUCUGACGGACAGUCCGUGUUUCUACGAAGGGGCGGGGUCUCGAGCGUCUGGUCUGCAGCUGCAGUUUAGACCCGUGUCGUCUCAGGACUCACAGACGCUCAGACUCACCACCUGCUCCGACCACAAGGGGGCAGCACUGUGGCUGGCUGCCAUGCAUAAGGCGGCAAAGUUGCUGUACGAGUCUCGGGACCAAUGA